AUGAACACCAAGCAGGCCUUUCAGAAGGUGAAAACCCUGACAGGAUGCGGACCAAAAACAUCAUGCACCGUCAGUGACCCAGAAACCCUCUCUAAAGACCUGAACACAUUCUUUACCCAUUUUGAUCAUUUGGACUUCUCACCAGAGUGCCAGGACCUGCUGAGAGCCCUCCCACCACCAGACCCCGAGGAACAGGCCCCCUUCACAGAGGAGGAAGUAUGGCAACAGCUGAGCCGCUGCAAGCCAGGCAAGGCACCAGGGCCUGAUGGCAUUCCAGCCAAGGUGAUCAGGGACUACUGCAACAACGCACUGUGGCAAACUGCAACCAUCAUCCCAGUACCGAAUAAAUUCAGACCCACAGAACUCAACCAUUACCGCCCCAUAGCCCUCACAUCCAUAAUUAUGAAGUGCCUGGAGAAACUGCUGCUCUACAUCAUCCUUCCAGUUGUCACCCCACACCUGGACCCCCUCCAAUUUGCUUACAAGGCCAGGAGGGGUACAGAGGAUGCUGUGGCCUGCCUGCUGCAUCUCCUCCUCCAGUAUCUGAACUCCCAUCCCCAAACAACUAUUACACCUUAUGCUGUUCGUGGCAUCGUUGACGUCUGUGAGGAACAUCUUCUCUCUGAGCAAGAGGAGUGGAACUUCAGGAUGGUGAAGGAGGAACCACAGCCCUCUUACUUGAAAGAGGAAAACAAAGACCCACUCACCCCCCACUUUAAAGCCGAAGAGGAGGUGCCAGAGACCCCACACUUUAUAAAGAAAGUGAAGGACCCACUGACCUCCAACAUUAAAUGGAACAAGAAGGAACCACUGACCCCCCACUUUAAAAAGGAAGAGGAGGCGCCACAGACUUUGAACAUUAAAGAAGAGGAGGUGGAACACAGUAUCAGUCAGGAGGGAGAGCAUAUAGAAGGACUGGAGGAGUUCCCAGUGACUGGUGUCCCUGUGAAGAGUGAAGAUGAUGAGGUCAAAGGUGAAAGUGAGGAGAAGAGAGAGGCGGAGCCUCCAAGCAGCAGCUCAACACAACACAUGACAACAGAAGCUGAUGGAGACCUCUGUGGAGGAUCACAAGCAGACAAGCUCUUAGCUCCACUAUCAGAUAGUGAGGACACAACAUCACACUCUCCUGACACUGAUGAUGAAGACUCUAAAGAUGAUAAGACAUGUCACACUGACAACACUCACUUCACAUGUUCUCACUGUGACAAAACUUUUAAGUAUCAUUGUCAUCUCAAAGUACACAUGAGAACACACACUGGAGAAAAACCUUUUAUCUGCUCAGUAUGCAACGAAGGUUUUCGACAACGUCAAAACUUGAAAAGACACAUGAGAAUACACACUGGAGAAACACCUUUCAUCUGUUCAAUAUGUGGUAAAGGUUUUGCAGAAAGUCGGAAUUUGACAAGACACAAAAGAACACACACUGGUGAAAAAUCACAUUCCUGUUCAAUCUGUAGUAAAUAUUUUGUACAAAGUCAACAUUUGAAAGUGCACAUGAGAACACACACUGGUGAAAAACCUUUUUCCUGUUCAAUCUGUGGUAAAGGUUUUACACAAAGUCAUCAUUUGAAUGUACACAAGAGAACACACACUGGUGAAAAAUCAUUUUCCUGUUCAAUCUGCAGCAGAAGUUUUUGUGACCAAUCAAACCUUAUAAGACACAUGAGAAGACACCCAGGAGAGAAAGCGUUGAGUUGCAGUGUGUGUUUUGAAAGAUUCUCUUAUAAGUACCAGUGUGAGAAACACAAGUGUAUUGGUGAGAACAGCAGCAGCAAAUGAAACUGCACGAUUUGAAAUAAACUGUCAAGACUUUAAUUUUGACUUUCUAACAACAUCAGCACAUAUAACAUGUGUGACAUUGUUGUUGGUGUAA